AUGGAUGUGAUUCUGGCCGACAUUGACUCCCUGGUUCCCACUCAUGAUGAAGGUGGUCGGCCAAUAGCAGAGUGGAAGCGUCAGGUGAUGGUGCGGCAGCUGCAGGUCAGACUGCAGGAUGAAGAGGAGCAGAGGAGACAGAACAUGACUAAUGGCUACUCGUCAGUAGAUGGUUGGAGAUAUUCCCAGACCCACAAUGCAGUUUUGGGGCCUUUUGGUGAACUACUAACCGAAGAGGACUUAAUUUACCUGCAGAAGCAGAUCGAGAGCGUCUCCCUGCAGAAACGCUGCCAGGCCUAUGAGCUGGAGCUAACCAGGCUGACAGAGGAGCUGAGGGCCAUUUUACCCGACCCUAUCGUAAACAUUUCCCUGAACAAAGAAAUCCUGCAGGAGAUGGACGCAGAAGGACGCCUGACUUUACAAAUGUGGUGCAGUCGUUUCUCGGAGAUGGUCAAGAAUAUGUCGCUGCUUGUGUCUAAUUUGACCCAAACCACAGAAGAAGGUCAUGAGAUACAGAUGGUAGAAGGCAUGGUGGAGGGCAUGAAGGGACUGCAAGGCAUAAGAGACAGAUUAGGAAUUGAUUCAAGCCAGGAUUUGACACAAGACAGACAAGAGACAAUGAGAGCAGAUGUGGGGACUUCAAGUGGGUGUAGGAUACCGCACAUAGGGAUGGCAUCAGCUUUCAGCCAUCGUCUGGAGACCAACAGUUACAGCAGAGCUCGAAGGGAGAGGGUAGAAAAGGAGAUCCAACAGUCAGGCGUAUCAGUAAGGAGUCUUAGAUCCAACUUUGAGAGUCAGAUUGGUGGUAUUUACCCCUUCGCUGGUAUUCUCAAAGAAGGCCACAUGUUGAAGAACCAGGUAGUUGUUAAUAACCUGAACACAGGUGAAAUGAACCACUGCAACACUCCCAACAAAUCUGUGAUGGAGACCACCAGCUUAAGGAAAGAGCGCAUUGUGGUUCUGUUUCUGAGCCACUGGAAGAAGUCCGCAUAUGCUAUUUCGUUGAAAACAGCCAGACUGAAACAGGGACAUCAGGGAGUGUCCGGAAGAUCAACAGCGGCAUCACCACAGCAGAAAAUCACCUCCAUGUUUCAGUUCUGCCAACAAAAAGGAGCUGUAGACAGGAUGUUAAACUCCUGGAAGACUAAAUUAGAACUUAAAGAAACAGAAAACUCAAGUGUGCCCCCCUCUGACUUCACACAAGUGGUUUACUCCCCAGAGCAAUUCCUUCCAGAAGUGGACGGUGUUGCAGCGACCUAUGAAAGCCUAACCCUUGAUCUAUUCAUGCUGGGAUACUUUCACAUCUUAGAGCAGCAGUUGACACCUGAAGAGAGAAAAAUGAGGCAUCUUUUAUGCUUUGAAGUUUUUGACCAUGUUGGAAGUUUCCCCUGGGAAACAGUAAGAGACUUUCACAAAGCAGUUCUCAAGGAAAUUCAGGCCGGAAGGCGACAGUGGAGCGAUGGUUUUGAGGACAUCAAAGCUCAUUUCUUUGGUAACUCGAAACCACGCUGCUGCCCAUCAUCAUCCCCAUCAUCAUCAUCCCCGCUGUUGUUGCAGGACUCCAGAUUAGUACCCAAGGUAAUAGUUCAAACUGCUACUCCAGAUGAGUGUGUGAGUGACACAGACUUCUCAUGUUUCAACAACGAAGACAUUUGUAAAUAUAUUGAUCGCAGCUUUGCUUUCUGGAAAGAGAAGGAGGCAGAGCUGUUUGACUUUGACCCUUCAUCUAAAGGUUAAAUGGGACAAUUUGGCAGAAAAUGACAUGUUAAUGUGUU